GUCGGGAAGCCUCUGGUUUCUUUUCAUCCCUGAGGACUGGGGAGGAGGCCUCUUCAGGAAGAGCAGUUUGUUUUUGUGAAAGGGAUACUUCCUGAUUUCAAGCAUUUGGAACUAAACUGGAACAUAUUUUUCUUUCCGAUUUCUGCGUUUUUUAGGCGCUGAAGGAUAGAAGGGAACGGUUCUCCUCUCAUGGAGCUUAGGUUCCAGCAAUAAGCAAAACAUGUCCUGCGGCGAAAGGCUUCUGGGCUGCCGGCGGCAUCUUCCCAACUUUCACAACCGGGUUCCUUCCGGACGCCCGUCUCCAGGGACGCACUCCCGCCUUGGCGGGGCUGCUGCCUGGUGGAGUCUCGCGAGGAUCUUGUGACUUAUCGCGGUAUCGCCCAGCGGUUGCCGGGAAACGGCGUGGCUUCCGGGGGGCGGGCGCAUUGGUCCCGGAGUCGCGGCGGGGCCUGUCCGCUGGCGUCAUGGCACCCAAAAAGAAAGGGAAGAAAGGCAAAGCCAAAGGCACCCUGAUUGUCGAUGGGCUCGCUCCAGAGGACAUGAGCAAGGAGCAGGUGGAGGAGCAUGUCAGCCGCAUGCGGGAGGAGCUGGACCGCGAGCGGGAGGAACGAAACUACUUCCAGCUGGAGCGGGACAAGAUCCACACCUUCUGGGAGAUCACACGGAGGCAGCUGGAGGAGAAGAAGGCUGAGCUGCGGAACAAAGACCGGGAGAUGGAAGAAGCUGAAGAGAGGCACCAGGUGGAGAUCAAGGUGUACAAGCAGAAAGUGAAGCACCUGCUAUAUGAGCACCAGAACAACCUGACGGAGAUGAAGGCUGAGGGCACCGUAGUCAUGAAGCUGGCACAGAAAGAGCACCGCACACAGGAGGGUGUGCUGCGCAAGGACAUGCGGGCAUUGAAGGUGGAGCUCAAGGAGCAGGAGCUGGCCAGUGAGGUGGUGGUGAAGAACCUGCGGCUGAAACACACCGAGGAGAUCACCAGGAUGCGGAAUGAUUUUGAGAGGCAAGUUCGAGAAAUUGAGGCCAAGUAUGAUAAGAAGAUGAAGAUGCUGAGGGACGAGCUCGACCUGCGGAGAAAGACUGAGCUCCACGAAGUGGAGGAGAGGAAGAAUGGCCAGAUCAACACGCUGAUGCAGCGCCACGAGGAGGCCUUCACCGACAUUAAGAACUACUACAACGACAUCACCCUCAACAACCUGGCCCUCAUCAACUCCCUCAAGGAGCAGAUGGAGGACAUGCGGAAGAAGGAGGAGCACCUGGAGAGGGAGAUGGCAGAGGUGUCUGCACAGAACAAGCGCCUGGCAGACCCUCUCCAGAAGGCUCGGGAGGAGAUGAGCGAGAUGCAGAAGCAGCUCGCAAACUACGAGAGGGACAAGCAGACCCUGCUUUGCACAAAAGCCCGUUUGAAAGUCACGGAGAAAGAGCUGAAAGACCUGCAGUGGGAGCAUGAAGUGUUAGAGCAGCGGUUCACCAAGGUGCAGCAGGAGCGGGACGAGCUCUACCGGAAGUUCACUGCAGCCAUCCAGGAGGUGCAGCAGAAGACAGGCUUCAAGAACCUGGUGCUAGAACGCAAGCUGCAGGCUCUGAGCGCUGCUGUGGAGAAGAAGGAGGUGCAGUUCAACGAGGUCCUGGCUGCCUCUAACCUGGACCCUGCAGCCCUGACGCUGGUGUCCCGCAAGCUUGAGAGUCUCACUGUGUCGCCCAGGCUGGAGUGCAGUGGCACAGUCACAGCAGUGAGCCCCUCGCUGAGCCGCCCUGGGAGCACCCAGGUGUUGGACAGAUGCGGGACUGAGGCUGAAGAGGCUGGUUCUGAAAGGAUGUUCUGGAAUCGAAGAACAGCACCAUCAAGGACCUGCAGUAUGAGCUGGCCCGGGUCUGUAAGGCUCAUAACGACCUGCUGCGCACGUAUGAGGCGAAGCUGCUGGCCUUCGGGAUCCCUCUGGACAAUGUGGGCUUCAAGCCCUUGGAAACAGCUGUGAUCGGGCAGACGCUGGGCCAGGGCCCCGCGGGACUGGUGGGCACCCCGACGUAGCUGCCCCUCUGGGGGGCCACAGCCCAGAGAGCCAGCCUAGGAACACUCUCGGGAUGACACCCCUUUUCACACCAAGGACAGCAAGUUUUUUAGAUUUUAUCAUCAGCAAAUGAAAGCUUUUCACAUGUUGUUGCCAUCCUCUUUCCUGGCUCUGUGGAGGAGAACCAUCUGCAGGACCCUCACCCAUGGCGUCCCUGUCGCUCCCUUCCCUGGGUGCAGCGCGUCCGGCCUGUAUCCAGGCCUACUCCCUGCUACUCCCUGGUCUCACCUCCCACCACCGUCAGCAGCACCUUCUCAGAGUGCCCUGCACUCACCUGGGGGCUGGGGCAGUGCCACGCUGUGCUGCCUGUCUUUGCGCCACUGUUGUCCCAUCGAAUGGACAGCUUUGCAGGUGCUGGCACUGACUUUAUUGACACCUGAGUCACAGCUGCCCAGUGGGAUUCUCCAGGGGGCCAGGGCUUCCCUAGGAAGUGGUGAGUCAGUGCUCCCUGAUGAGCACGAAGCCCGCUCUGUUGAGGACUGGGUGGGCGCAGCCAGCGUGCGGGAAAGGGCAGGCAGCCUCCCACUGCCAUUCUUUGCUCUAGCUCCCUCGGUAGGUGGUGUAGGACCAGGGGCUCAGCAGCAGGGGCACGUGGAACUUCUGGGCCUUGCUGGUGAUGGUGAAAACAACCUGAGACGGAGAGGCCAGGAGAGAUUAGAAGGUGAUGGCAGCAAACCACCUAUCUGGCCCCAGCACACAUGGGAGAAUUCAGCAGCCCAGACUGAGGGUCGGGGAUGGGGUGAACCUUCCGCACCAAAGGGACACUCCACAGAAGCCACAGCCCAGUAAGUCAGGUGCUUCCGCGGCGGCUCCAGUGUGGGGUGAGGCAGUGAGGUGAGGCCCAGAGAGCUGGAGUUGGCUCAGAUGAAAACCUCUGUCAACAAAGAGGGGAUGAAUCACCCUUGGGCCAGCCUCGCCACAAAGCAUACCUUGGGCAGGUGAGUGACGGAUGUGUCCUCAUAGAGUCUAUUGCUGCCUGGACACCUUUCUUUUGGGAGCUCAAAGCAAGUGAGCUCACCUACCUGCCACUGCCCAGGACCAGUCUGCCCACUGCCUAAAUGAUGCGCGGCCAGCAGGACGUGGCCUGCAGAUCCCAGUGAGUUGUGAGCCUCAGCCCCCUCCAGCCCACUGGGGCUUUCACCUCCAGGUAUGGGUAGAAGCUUUCCUGCCUCUCUUCCUCCAGUAGCCCUCAGUGUCGAAGGUGACCUUGUAGGUGCCUGCCUUCAUCUGGUCUGGCGUCAGGAGUCCAGGACAGCGGCCAUCUGGGGCUGUGUGGCUGGGGAGAGGAUGAGGCUGCAGAGACGGGGACGAGAAGCCCCCUACCCCAGCUUUCCUGGGUCUGCAUCCCAGUGGGCCUCAGACACUGGGAUGCCUCAGACACUGCCACCUGUCAGACUUGGGUGAGCAGACACAGUGGGGCUGUUAGGGUCUGCAGUUCCAGAGCAGUCUAGGGACACCACUGCCCUGUCUUUAGGAAAUCACAACACAGAGAAGCAAAAAGGGAAAAAGUCUCCCACAGUUUAUCCCAUGAGCAGUAACCACUUUAUAGCUGGCAUAUAUUUUUCCGGAUUUUCUCUAUGCAUAACUAUAUUUGUUUACAAACUUAAAAUAACUCAUAAAGUGGAUUAUACUAUU